AUGCUGCUGCUUCUCCUGUCUGGCUCAGUGCCGACGCUCUCGGAAUCCGACCGGCAGCAGCUCGACGCGCUGGGACCAGUGGCACUCGGGAAGGACGGCUCGUUGCACCGCCUGAGCAACUGGGCCGAGCUGACGGCGGGAGGGCGCGAGACGGCCGGGCGACUGAUCGCGGCCAGGAACGAGAAGCGCCGGAUGCGGUUGCUGGAGGAGCAGGCGCGGGCGGCGGAGCCGGAGCCGGAGCGGACGCAGGCACGGUGGUCACUCCGCGCGUUCGGCGCCUGGCUGACCAGGCGGUUGCGCCGCCCCGCAGAGGAGGGGCCGGCCAUCGACUUUGCGCCCGAGUUUGUGCCGCAGAUUCUCGACGGCCGCAAAGCGGCGACGACCCGGUACGUGGGCGUGGACGGAGAGCCCCUGCUCUCGCGUCUGAAGGUGGGCCACCUUGCCAACGCCACGUGUCGCACCUGCAGCGGCAGGGCUUCGGCUGCCCCCUUUGCGAGGCUCCGCAUCUCGCGCCUCGAGAGGACGCGCGUGGACCGGCUCAACGGCACGCUCGCCGCCACCGAGGGCCUCGGCUCCGCAGACGAGCUGAGGGCGACGCUGCGCCGCUUCUACCCCCACCUGAGGGACGCCGACCCGGUGAGGGUGCUGCACUUCGCGCUGGAGGCGCGGCCGGGCGAGGACGAGCAGGAGGCAGUGGCGCUUACUUGA